AUGAUCGCACUCAAAUCUACUGUUGUUGUACUAUCACUCCUCGCCUCACAGGCAACCGCCGUUCCCACUUUCGACGCAGCGUCCCCCGCGAGCAACGAAGCCAGAGGCCUCGUAGAUGACGCAACGAAUGCUAUCCAGCGUGUAUGGGAAGGUAUAAAAUGCCUCGGAGACUGCAGGAAGAGCUGGGGAUGGACUGGCAAUCAUUUUGGUGGAGAUCCAUGGGGACCGCCUUUGAAGAUUGGCGAUCCAGUCCCUUAUACGCCCUCCGAGGACUCUUCUGGCAUUGUUUCUACGACGACUACGGCGCGCUCGACUACCCGUACAUCGAGCGCAGAGGGUGGGUUCGGAAUCCUCAACGUCGACACCUCGCGGACCACGCUGGUAGAUGGCUCGAACGUCGAAUUCUCUGUAUUCAACGUCCCGACCCUUACUAGGAGCACCUCGACUUCGACCAUUGUCUUACCCACUUCGACAACGCCACCCCCUCCUCCUCCUGAGCCUACCACUACGUUCCAGGAGCCUCAACCUAGCCCCGAGCCUCAACCGUCUAGCUCGCAGGAGCAACCUCAGCCGCAGGAGCAGCCCGCUCCUUCGCCUACUCCCUCUAACAACGACAACAACAAUAACAACAACGUGGGGAACAACAACUCUGGAGGUAGCACUCAGGGCGCGGCUGGAGACAUUGCUGCCUACCUCGCCGCUCACAACUCUGCUCGUAGCCAACAUGGUGCAUCCCCGGUAUCCUGGUCAGACGAACUCGCCGGGUUCGCACAAGAAUGGGCCAACAAUUGCCAAUUCCAACAUUCUCAGGGCAAAUUCGGACGCGUGGGUGAGAAUCUUGCGGCAGGGACUGGGCAGUAUUCGAUCGAGGACAUGGUGGGCGAUUGGGUCGCAGAGGUUACGGAUUACAAUCCGUCGAAUCCAAAGGCUUCGCAUUUCACGCAGGUCGUGUGGAAGGCAACGACGCAGAUUGGAUGUGCCAAGCAGACGUGUACGGGCAUCUUUGGCAAUACUCCCGCCACCUAUUACGUGUGCGAAUAUCGUGAAGCUGGAAAUGUCAUUGGAAAUUUUGCGGCCAAUGUGCAAGCAUAA